CUACAUGUCCCUCUACACUGUCUAGCACGUACUCCUAGCCAAAGAGAAAAAUAAUGUAAUAGCAAGCAAGAAAAAUACGACGACCCACAAGAAUUUCAAAUAAGAAGGUAUCGGCUGCAGUAAGAUCACAGAAAAUAUGAAUACUAUACGGUUAUUGAGCAAUGCCUUCAAGGCAACAAAUAGCAGCAUCAAUAUCGUACAGAAUCCCUUAAAACAAGAACAAAUGUGCCAUCUAAAACGUGCAUUUCAUCACGGUUCCGCGGCAGCUGUAUUUAUACGUAACGACGCAACAAGAACAAUAACAACAACAACAUCAGCGGUAACAUUAACCGGCAGCAGUCAACGUUGGGAGCAGCAGCAGCAGCAGAAACAACAACUAAAUUGUGGUCUUUUGUUGUCAUCACAAUAUCAAUUGUGGAGCACAACUCCAACUAGGCGGCUAUUUAGCACAAAACAGACACCAGAUCAAACCAAUAAAUCCGACACCAAAUCAGCUGUAGCAUCGGCCGAUGUCAAUGAUGUACUCUUCGGUGAAGCAUCUAAAUUGGGUUUGUUUGCCAAAUUCAAAUUGAUGUAUAAAAAAUAUUGGUAUGUCUUGAUUCCGGUGCAUGUUGUUACAUCAGCUGGUUGGUUGGGAGGUUUCUAUUAUCUGUCACAAAGUGGCGUUGAUGUUCCCGCCAUUCUACAAUAUUUACAUUUGAGCGAAACAAUAAUCGAAAAGGUGCAAGGCUCAAGUUUGGGUCAUUGGGCUGUGGCAUAUCUAUGCUAUAAGGUAGCAACACCAUUGCGCUAUGCCGUCACGCUUGGUGGUACCACUGUCUCCAUUAAAUAUCUUGUACAGGCUGGUUAUAUUAAACCAAUGCCAACCAAAGCUGAGAUUAUUCAAAUGUAUGAAGACAAGAAAGCUCAACGUGCUGCAGAUAAGGCCACAGCUGAGCAAGAUGAAACGCAUGACAAAAAAUGAUUUUUAACGCAACACUGCAAAUUGAAAGGCAAUGCUGGAGACAAAUUGCCAACGUUUGUGGUGUCUAAAAGAAAAUCAGACUAAAGAGAUUGAGAGGAAAAUGUAAAGCGAUGAUGUUGAUGACGAGCAUAACCGACAAACCGAAUAGUUUUUGUUUUUUAUACCCAUCUAUAUUUAAAAGAAAAAUUACUUUUAUAUUUCCAAGGAAUGUUAGACACCUUCCUUCCUAUUUCUAUGGCCUGUCUUUGUGUUUUUUGAUGAAGCUAUUAUUUUAGUUUCUAAUUAAUAUUCUUUGGAAAUCAUGUAUUUUUUUGUUAUGUCCUGCACCUUUCAUUUACUUUCUUCUUGUGCUUGUGAUGUUCUAAUUUUCCUAUAUGAACGAACACUUACCACGAUGAUUCUCGGACAUAGAAUUUAUUGUAUAGCUUUUAUUUUUAUAUUGUUUUUAAAGCUUUGCAUACAAACAGAGAUUCUAUGUUUGAAUGUUUUUUUUUGAGAAAUGAAAGUUUAUAACAGAAAAAAAAAAGAAAAACAAACUACCAAAAUCUAUAUUUAGCCUUGUUAAUGUUUUAUAAACAACAAAGAAAUUUAGCAACAUAAUCUUAGAUAUGUUUUAAGUUAACUUUUAAUUGGAAUAUAAAUAUAUUUGUCAUUGGAAAUGAUGUCCACGAUAAUAAUAAUAAAAAAAGAAAUAAUAUUAAAUAUUAUUAUCUUCAAGCACUAA